AUGGUAAGACUUUCUCUUUUGAAAGAUCUCAAUGAAGACACCGAUAGGUGGUCCAUCCGUCUAAAGGUUUUUAGGAGGUGGGGUGUUUAUCAGAAAACUUCUCCUAAUGAGCUGUUCUGCAUUACAAUGAUUUUAGUUGAUGAAGUGGACGACCUCAAAUUUGUAGCUCAUUCUACAAGGGUUUUCUUUAACCCUAUGCUGCCAGUGGUUAAGGAGCUCAUAAAAAGUGCAAAGGACAAGUUAUCCCCCAGCAUCUCGAUGCUGUCUCAACAAAUUCCUUCUCAAUCUUCCCAACCUUUGGUUGCAUGUAUGGUCCAGAAUAACAAGAGGAUGGACAUAGUACAGAUUGAGCUUAAUGCAGGGGAUGAACCUUUUAUUGUCAAUUGCAGAGUUCUAAAGCUUGAAACACAUUAUGGAUGGACAUACGAUGGCUGCACAAAGUGUCGUACAAAACCAAAGGAAGAGAAUGGAUCUGCAUACUGUUCAAACUGCAAGAAGAAGCCGAUAGCAGUUGAGCUAAAGUUGAAAGUCCAUUAUGUUGUUGGAGAGGAUACUGGGAAAACAUCUGUGAUAUUCUGGGAUAAGCUUGCUGUCCAACUUUUUCAGAAGAAUGCAUUUGAGAUGAAAGUUAUACUUAAGCAGGAGGAUCGUGAGUAUGAUUUCCCUUAUGACCUUGAUGAGGUAGUUAGAAGGAAGAUGAUUCUCAAGCUGAAAUUGAAUGAUUAUAAUAAGAGGCACCCCCACUCAAGCAUAAGCGUUGUCCAAUACACUAUUUGUGAGGAUCUUUUGCCACAGUUCACCCAAGCUGAGACUGAUAUACGACAAAUUGAUAAGCCUGAUUGA